CUGCACAGAACGGUUAUCCCAAAGAAUGCUUUCGAAAUUUCGAAUAUAAAAUAAAUUACCAUAUGAAGUAGAUUUUGAAAAAUUGUGCAAAGUGAAAAUUGUAUAAACAGUUUUUUAAAAAAGUUAUAUUCAACUAAGGGGAUUAAUGUAAAUUUUUAUUAAAACAUUUUGUGAAGAAAAAGUUAACGCAGAAACUUGCUGAGCAUUUGAUUGCAGGACAUAUACGAACAGAUUUUAAGUAAAACAAAUUUGAAAAAAUGUUGGCCUGGAAGGUGUGGUCAUUGGUUGGGUUACUGUGUGUGCAUUCCGCAUUACAAAUCGAAACGGAUAAUAACUUUUUAAAUCACAAAUUAAGUGGCAUCAUUCAGUGGAAGUAUGAGAAGCGUCCAUUCUGUAAUGCCUUUACAGGUUGCGGUAAAAAGCGUUCAUCCCUCCCACCUUACCCCUUAUGGAAGCGCGCUGAAAUGGACGAAGCAAAAACUUAUAACAACGAAGAAAUGUCUGAGGGGCUAAGUGAUCUGAUCGAUAUAAAUGCUGAGCCAGCUGUGGAAAAUGUACAAAAACAAAUAAUGUCGCAGGCUAAAAUAUUCGAAGCCAUCAAAGAAGCGAGCAAGGAAAUAUUCCGACAGAAGAACAAACAAAAAAUGAGGCAGCGUGAAGAGGUCCAAGAUAAUACUGAAGGUGUCUAAGCAACGAACAAUAAGGAAAAAUAACAACAACAAUAGAAAUAAAAAUGUAGUCGUGUAACUGGAAAAAGUAUUGAUUCUUUCAAGCAAAUCGAGCGCAGAGAUUUAAAUAGAGUUACAUUUAUUAUAUUUCGUAAUGAAAUAAAACAUUUUGA